CGAGAACCAGGCGGAGGACAACACAACCUCAAACAGACAGAACCGUAGCAGCAGAGAUGCCUCACUCCAUGCUCUCCCUGUGCGUCCUGGGACUCAUCGCGCUCUCCUCCGCCUGCUACAUACAGAACUGCCCCCGAGGAGGCAAGAGAGCGCUGCAGGACCCCAGCCUCAGACAGUGCAUGUCUUGUGGCCCUGGAGAGCGCGGCCGCUGCUUUGGGCCCAGUAUCUGUUGUGGGGAGGGCCUGGGUUGCCUGAUGGGAUCCCCAGAAACAGCUCACUGUGUGGAGGAGAACUACCUGCUCACCCCCUGCCAGUCUGGAGGAAGGCCCUGUGGAUCAGAGGGGGGGCGCUGUGCUGCCUCAGGACUCUGCUGCGACACAGAGAGCUGUGUGCUGGACUCGGACUGCCUGGUGGACAGUGAGUCUACAGAAGGGGCCCACAGCUCACCUGCAGAGUUGUUGCUACGCCUACUGCACAUAGCCAGCAGAACACAGACUGAGUACUGACACUAGAGGGCGCUCUGUCCCUCUCAGAACAAACCUACAGCACCCCACAGCCUUGACCCUGCACCAGCCAAGACAACGAGCCCUGCUGCUGAUAACACAGACCCUGGAGGACCACACGCCUAUGAGACUGCCUUCGAUGUGCCAUGUGGUUUAUAGUGGUAGAUAUAGUCUAUUUAUAGAACAGAGGAAUUAGCUGAAUUCAGUUGUGUUUUAGGCAAAUAAUCCAAUGCAUUGAUUUGUGUCAUAUUUUUGAGAUUGAAUCCUGUGCAAUACUAAAUGAGCUGA